ACAGUUGGUAGGGUAACGUGCGGAGGCGCACAGUCCAUCCAUCGAAGACACACCUCCCUUCACAGCACGAGGUUUAGUAGCAUGCCGCUAAAAACUGUAAUUAGUGGACUCGCCCAGCCAGUGUUGCAGCUUGGAUCUAUUUAUUGCCGAGUUCGACAGGCUUGAAACAGUCUUCCUUGACAACUUGAUACAUAAACACUGAUCAACGGAGGGACAAUAUUCCACCACUUUGUCAAUUGUUGGAUGUAAAUCAUCGGAUCAUUUUUUUCAAAUCUCAACAAAAUCUCCGUCAGCCAUCCUCUAACCAUGGCCAACUUGGUAGCUCGUGGAGAGAUCGCUCACCUCAUCCUCUGGAACGACACCAGUGAGAUCCUGCAACGUCUCAACGACGCCAAGGCGUUUCUAUACAUCCCCGUCAUCGUCUUCCUCAUCAUUCUGGUCGUCGUGGGGACGUUUGGCAACAUCCUCGUGUGCUGUGUUUACUGGAACAAGCCGUACAAGGCGUCCUCCCACUACUUCAUCCUCUCCCUCGCCAUCCUUGACCUCUUCAGCUGCGUCAUCGGCAUCCCCACCGAGAUCGCCGACCUCCGAUACCCGUACAUGUUCUAUGCCCCCGCAGCGUGUAAACUCCUCCGAUUCGUGCAUUCCUCAACCAUCAUUGCCUCAUCAUCAAUCCUCAUCGAGGUGGCCUUUGACAGAUAUUUUCGGAUCUGCAAACUCGGCCGUCAGUACAGCGUCCACAAGGCAAAGAUGCUGUGUAUUUUGGCCAUUUCGCUGGGAAUACUCACCUCAUGGCCAUCUUGCCUUCUGUUUGGACGCGAGACCAUCCAUUUUGGGAUUCCUGGUGUUGAAGGCGUAGACUGUUCCACGGCAGACUGGGCGAAAGGAACCAUCUACCCGACCCUCUACUACGGCUUCCUCUUCACCCUCUUCUUCAUCACCGUCACCUUCUUCGUCGUGCUGUACAGUCGUAUCGGGAUUGUCAUCUGGCGGAGGAAGAAGACCACCAUCGGGGCCAAGAUCGCCGUGUCCAAGUCCGGCAUCAACAGCCAAGUAUCCGACCCCACGUCGACCGAGGUGUCGUCGGAAGUUGACGAACACGGAUGUCAUAAGGGCCAGCACACUAAGGAAGCUAUGCCGGCGCUGGGAAAGGACACGCUGAAGCAGCGCCAGAAGAUGAGGGUGGGAAAGACCACCACUGUUCUGUUUGCCGUCACUCUGGCCUACAUCCUCAGCUUCCUCCCGUUCCUCAUCGUCAUGGUUCUCAGAAGCAUCAUCAAAGACUUCGAGGGGAGGCUGUCCCCAACAGGCGAGGUAGCGUACAAGUUCUGUGUAAAAUCCUUCUUCAUUAACAAUGCAAUAAACCCCGUCAUCUACAGCUUCCUGAACGCCAGUUUCAGGAGGGAUGCCAAGCACCUACUGAGGAAGGUGGUCCGAGUCUGCUGUUGCUGCUGUUGCUGUAAAACGGAAGACAGGUGGGAGCACUCGGAUGCUGUUUAAGACAGGACACUCCUGUUAUUUAUUGAUAGCAGAGGUGAUAUCAUAUGGAAAGGAUGUCUUUCUAUAAAAGGACAGAGACCGUUGAGCCAAUUGGAAUGGUCAACACCCAACGGUGACCUUUGAACCAUCCAAACAGGCGCUGCCCACUACCUCAUCACAGCAGCCAUGUUGGGAAGAGUCAUUAACAUCAACAGUGCAGACCAACAUCUAACGUGGUGACAGAUCUAUAGUGGUCGAUACAUGAAUUGUCUAGGAAUAUCCCAAACAGUAAAAGAGUGAGACGAUUGAAAGUCUUACCCCAGAAUGUAAACUCGGACACGUAAUGUGCAAUAUCUGUACAUAGAUGUAAAUAGUCAUGGAUGUGCUAGGACUUAAUGUGGUGUGUACGUGUUUGUGUAUACUGUGUGAGAUCUGUAAUUUUGUGCUAUACCGUCUUAUUUCUUAUACCAGACUUCCAUUUCUGUAUUUUUGUUUGUAACUGAGGCGUUUCUAUUACUUGGAUUACGGACCCGUCAAACUAAAAUCAAAACAUUUCGUCGAAUAUAUUCCAACAUUCAAAGCCCCAGUAAAGGUUUCAAAAGUUUAACAUGUGGAGUAAACUUCGAAAUUUUACGUACUGGUGACAAAAUUUAUUUCCUAUUUUGACUUGUACUAUGUGUUUCCGUUUUUUUUAACAAUUAACUUGCCCUUGCAUGAUUUUGUGACGGAUGCCACUGGUGGGUCAGGAUACGCUUAUCUUUUCGCAAACACCUGGUAUCAUCACUAUUUAAUAGUGAUUCAUAAACACAUUCUUAUAUAGUCAGAAUCGUACAAUGGACACUGCUUUUGGUAGCAAUUUCUAAUGGAAAUGGUUUUGUCACUUUUAUGAACUAUUUUCAAAUGAAAAGAAAAGUCAACCUAUGACAGGUCUAUAACUUUUCUAUGAAGGCAAAGAGGCUUCCGUACAUCCUAAGUUCGCCAUAAAUAGAUUUAUUGCUAACUAGUAUUAACAAUUUUAUUAACACAUUUUUCUUUUAUUUCAAUUUUUAAAUUCAUCCCCCGACAGUAUUUUAAGACAUCAUAAGAUUUGAUUUUAUUUUGGAAAAUAAUCCGUCAACCAAUUGCAAUAAAGAAAGCCUCACACGCAGUGUGUAUCCUGUGUGGCAGCCUCGUCCCUCUUGGCUGCAUUUAGCACCAUCAUGACCAUCAUAUAAUUCCCGCAUCACUACAUGAUGAAAUCAUUUACAUCAUCAUCACGUGGACAUAUCACAUACCAUCAGUGGGGUAGCCUCGUGGUUUAAGCAUUCGCCGUCACGGGUCGAUUCCAGCCAUGUGUGAAUUUUUUUAAUGGUGUCCUCCGUCGUGAUAUUACUGAACACUGAAAAACCACAACGUUAACCAUCAGUAUGAGGACCAAGCAUUUAACAUCACCAUAGAAAUGUGUAUCACUAACAUAACAUCACUAUCCCUUUGUGGACCAAUCACAUAACGUCAAACAUCACUUAUUGGACCAAUAUAUCAGCCUGUAUGACACUGAUGUGGCUACAUAUUACAAUACCAUCACUGCAUGGGCCAUCCAUUGUAACAUCAACAACUGUUUUAUUCCAACACGAUGCAUUUCCAGUAAUAACGAAUUAUAUGUAGACAUAUGUGCCUUUACUUUAUCGAGGUAUGAAUGUUGUGGGAACAUGCAUGAUUAAAACCAAUGACGAUA